AUCUCUCCGAAUUCAAACACACUAGUGACACCGAAGAAAUGAAAACAAGCAUGGCUGACAAUGUGGGAAAAGUUGUUGUACCUGGAGAGAUUCUCACUGAUUUGCACGGAGCAGAUCUACCUUCAAAAGUGGUGUUAGGUCCAGGAAUACGUCAAGACUCAGACUCUGUUAUAAUAUCAAAACCAGGGGUAUUGAAGUUCAAGGAACCAAAUAUUUAUUGGGUUGAUAGUUUUCAGAAACGCUAUGUUCCUCAAAAAGGAGAUUCUGUUAUAGGGAUUGUAACGGCAAAAGCUGGUGAUGUCUUCCGUGUAGAUGUUGGUGCUAAUGAACUGGCAACACUGUCAUAUUUGGCAUUUGAGAGUGCAACGAAAAGAAACCGACCAGAUGUCAAGGUGGGUGACAUAGUUUACUGCAAAUUUUUAGUCGCAAACAAAGAUAUGGAGCCAGAGUUAGUAUGCAUAGAUAGUCAUGGAAAGAGUGCAGGACUGGGUGUGAUUGGGAGAGAUGGAGGAAUGCUGGUUCAAGUCCCCCUUAAUUUAAUAAGAAAGGUAUUGAGCCAAGACUGUGUUCUUUUCAAGUCACUAGGAAAGAGUCUACAGUAUGAGGUUGCAGUAGGAAUGAAUGGACGCAUCUGGAUUAAGUGUCACACAGUGAUGGAGACUAUUGCUGUAACUAAUGCCAUCUCGGCUUCACAACACAUGACUAACCAGCAAAUACAGGAAAUGUGUAGACACUUGGCAGAUUCACUUGCUGGAUUUUGAUGGGGUUUUUUUUCUCUCUAAGUU